AUGCCCAAGGCAGGAGACUGUAGCGGCGGCGGUGGCGGUGGCCGGAGGGACCUGCCUCUGCUUUUCCUCAGGGUGGGCGCUGCCAUCACGCUCUCCAUCGCUGGGCUCUUCUUCUCGCGGCUGCGGUGGCAGCGCCGGCCUCGGCCCCGGCACCUCCUGCUCCCUCCUCCUUCAGAGCCAGAUGAUGCCCGUGGCAUGAAGGGUGGUGGUGGAGGGCUCAAGGAUGAGCUAAGGAUCCUCAAGAAUGAGGACACCAAGGCGAAAAUAAUCAGUGGGAACUCUGUGCACACAACCACUACCACUACAACGACCACCACCACUGCCUCGAUGUCACUUCCCCCGAAAUGCCGAAACAUUGAUGAUGAUGAUGAUGAUGAAGGAUUUCUCCUUCCAGAAUUCAAUGAAAUGGUUAUGGAAGAAUUUGGCAGAGACAUAGGCAAUAUCGCAAGCUCACCUGCAGCGAGAGUAAGGGAAGAUGCAUCUAAUGAGCAUGAAAUUUUCAAGCUCAGAGAUUUGGUUAGAUCUCUGCAAGAAAGGGAAAAGACCCUGGAGAUACAACUUUUGGAGUUGUAUGGUUUGCAGGAGCAAGGUGCUGCAGUUAGGGAGCUUGAGAACCAACUGAAGAUAAGCAAUGUCGAGUCACAGCUAUACUCCUUGAAGAUCGAAUCCUUGCAAUCUGAAAAUCAGAGGUUACAAACACAGUUGUCUGAAAGCUCAAAGUUAACUUCGCAGCUUGAGAUGACAAAAUCAAAAUGCAAGCUGUUGAAAAAGAAGUUGAGACUGGAUGCGGAACAAGCAAAGGAGAAAAUCACUUCCCUUCAGAACAUAGUUGAUUCUUUUCAGUGCAAGGAGAUUAUUGAGGGAGAAGUUGAUGGUGAGGCUGAGAAGAAAUUAAAGAGGCUAGAGGAAUUGGAAAAUGAGGCAAGAGAGCUUAGAGCUGCAAAUUCAAGGCUGCAGCAGGAGAAUUCACACCUUAGUAGGCGAUUGGAGCUCACACGCCUACCGCCUGUACCCAAGUCCCACAAUAGCAUGGAGGUAAAAACAUCAGAACAAGUUGAUGGGUUGAAGCAAGAAAACGAGAAGUUGUCAAAAGAGGUUGAACAACUGCGGACUGACAGGUUUGCAGAUGUUGAGGAGCUGGUAUAUCUUAAAUGGAUCAAUGCUUGCCUGCGGCAUGAGCUGAAGAACAAGGGGACUCCUGGUCCUGGGGCACAAACUACAGCACAGGAUCUAAGCAACACCCUAAGCCCCAAAUCUGAACAGACAGCCAAGCAAUUGAUAAUGGAGUAUGCCAAUGUUGGUGCGGACGAGAGAAGUUUAAGCUCCAUAGAAUUUGGCUCAGAGUACGCUUCUUCAAGGGCAUCAUCAAGUGGCGAACCCGAUGACACAUCGACCGACAUGUCAUCAAUCACAACGCCCAGAAACCCGAAGAAGAAAGAGAAGAAGAAGUUUUUCUCUAAGCUACGGAAAUUGGUACUGGGAAAAGAUAAGGAAAAGAACAAUUUCCCUACUUUGGAGAGGAGAGUGUCUAUUUCGAGCUGUUCCUUUGAUGACUUCACUGGAAGAGAGUCGCAUGAUAGCUAUUCUUCCUUCUUGACAGAAGGAGCCAAUCAGCAACAUGACGAUCGCAGCUGCGGUACGCCUUCUUUUGGCAGCCAAAGAUAUAGCACAGCUGAAGCAGGAGAUGGAAGAUACCAGCGUCAUGGGGUAAAAAAGAAUGCAUCUUUCGGAUCCGGAAGAUUCAGUGAACAUGGUUCUCAGUUUGAUAGCGGUGAGGCCACAAUACCAGAAGACGUCGAGAUCCACAAAUUCGCCGAGGCACUGAUUACAUCAAGGACAGGUUCUAUGUCAUCCAGAAGGACCUUAUCCUUCAGCUAA